AUGUCAUCAGUCAAACGCUUGGUUUAUGCAGUCAUUCAUUUCUUGAGAGAGCAGAGUCAGAUGGAUACUUUCACUCAAGAUGAACAAGAAAGCUUGGAAGUUGCAAUUCAGUGUCUGGAGACUGUUUUUAAGAUUAACCUGGAAGAUACUCAUCUUGCACCUUCAGAGCAUUUGAUAGAAAUGUUCACAAAUUCUUUUCACAAGAAUGACAUGCUGCCUCUCUCAGAUUCUUUACCAGAGGAUGUUGAAAAGGCUGACCAACUAAAGGAUGAAGGUAACAAUCACAUGAAAGAAGAAAAUUAUGGUGCUGCGGUGGAUUGUUAUACUAGGGCUAUAGAACUGGAUCCAAACAAUGCAGUCUAUUACUGCAACAGGGCUGCUGCUCAAAGUAAGCUCAACAACUACAUUGAAGCAAUAAAGGAUUGUGAGAGCGCCAUAGCAAUAGAUCCGAAGUACAGCAAAGCAUAUGGGAGAAUGGGGAUGGCUCUGACCUCAGUGAAUAAAUAUGAAGAAGCAGUUACAAGUUACCAAAAAGCACUGGAUCUUGAUCCAGAAAAUGAUUCUUAUAAGUCAAAUUUGAAAAUAGCAGAACAGAAAUUGAGAGAUGUGUCCAGUCCUACUGGAACUGGACUGAGUUUUGACAUGGCAAGCUUGAUAAACAAUCCUGCCUUCAUUAGUAUG